AGAUUCCAGAAGAAGUGGAAGUGGAGCCGAUUCCAUUUAUGAACCACAUUUGUGGUAUUUUGAUCAUCUUACAUUUCUGAGUGAUCAAGAAACUCCCUGAGAAAGUGUUUCGAAUCUUGACACUGAUGUGGACAUGUCAGAAAUGUCUGAAUCGCAGGUAGACGAUUUGAACAGCGUGAUGUCUCCCACAUCUUCGGAAGUCACAAAUACAAUAGUCAACGAAAAAGAAUCAUCUAUCACCUCACCCUCACUAUGUCUGUCAUCAGUGAAUGCUGGUAAAAAACCGAGACGCAAUUUGAAGAAAAAAUAUACGAGUUUGGCAGAUGAAGUUUUGAAAAAGGUGUCACAACAGCUUAGCUCUGCCGAAGAAGACAAAUUCGAAACCAGUGCCAAAAAUUUUGCCAAUAAACUGAGAUCUUUGUCGCCUCAAACGGCAAUUGUAACAGAAAAACUACUCAGUGAUGUUUUAUUUGAAGCUCAAAUGGGCAACGUAGGGAGGCAUACGAAAGUUGUCCUCCAAAAUACGCAACCUCAGCACACUGAAACUGUACAAUAUCAGCAGUUGGGGGCAAUGUCGAAUAAUGCACAACAGUAUUAUUCGACAUUCACUUCACAAUAUGAUUUGUAGUUUCUAUAU